AUUUCUUGCUGUGCGGUUGAGUCGGGUUGUUUGUUGUUUUUGCGUCGUGGUCGUACUUGUUUUGUUGUUGGUGGAAAAACAAUCAAUGAAAAAAAUAGCAAAAAAUCCACGGUGAUAAGAAAAGAUACCGAAAAAGAUAGCGUUAAAUGAAAAACUAAGGCAAUUAAAAACAAAUUAAAUAAAAAUAACAAAAAGUAGUAUCUCAAGAAAUCAGAAAUCCUCAGAAGGCUGUGUCAAUAAAAUAGCAAACACAAAAAAGAAGCAACAAUUCUGAGGGAAGUGCUUGCGGACUUGUUAAUUGAACAUAGAGACUCAUCAUCGUAUUCACCAAAUUUCUGCUACCCUCUGCGAGGACGGACACAAGCCAACGCAAUACUUAAAAACAAAUACAAACUUGUGUUUAAUUGAGAUUUCUUGUGUAACUCAAGUGUUUAAUAACCCCUUUCCCUCCCGCUCAACAGACAAUAAAGUGAUUGUUUGAUCAAGUUUUUUGUUUUACAAAUUAUUUUGUUUCUCCUGCUGUUGUUUGUGUUGUUGCUGCCCAGUCUUCAGUCAGUUAGCCUGUCUUUGUUGCCAUCGUUUCCGACUGGGGCAAAGAAGUAGCAAACCAGCGAAUACCUAGCUACUAGGGCCACUACCACCAACUCCCAUUUUGCUGUAGCAAACAAAACAAAAAAACAGCUGAACCAUGACGAAUAUGCGUCCCCCGAAUAAAACCACUUUACUUAAGGUCGUCAUAUUGGGUGAUGGUGGCGUUGGAAAAUCAUGCCUUAUGAAUCGUUUUGUCUCCAAUCGUUAUGAUGAAAAUAAUUUCCAUACCAUUGGUGUAGAGUUCAUGAACAAAGAUAUCGAUGUCGAUGGUGAAAAGUAUACGCUGCAGAUUUGGGACACUGCUGGCCAGGAACGUUUUCGUGCUCUACGCACCCCUUUCUACAGAGGUUCAGAUGUUUGUCUACUAUGCUAUGCCAUUGAUGAUUAUGAUAGUUUUCGGGGUUUGAAACAGUGGCGCCAAGAAUUUGUUAACUAUGCUGAUGUUAAGCCUGACAAAUUUCCCUUCAUAGUGGUUGGCAAUAAGAACGAUAUGGCCCAUCAUUGCCGUCAGGUGCCCUUCGACGAAGUUAAACAAUGGUGCGAUCAAAAUACCAUCAACAGCCAAAUUGAGACAUCUUCAAAAACAGCCACCAAUGUUACCGAUGCCUUUGUAUUGGCCGUACGCCAAUGGAAACACAUGGAACGUAUUGCAGAGAUUGAGCUUAAACAAAAUGAUACCAUCGAUCUAACGAAAACCAUCAAGUUGGCCCAUAAUCGUUUUUGUUGCACAGGUGGUGGUAGUACGGCUAGUACCUCAGCUUCAGGUUUUCAAGCCUCCGAUUCGGAUGAUGAAUCUAUGAAUAUUUCUUCACCGCGAAGAGUGGGUAAAAAACAACAGAAAGGCCAGUCCUUAACACAAUUUCAACUUUAAAGAGAUCAUAAGGUGAUGUGAGAAAGGAAAACCCCAAGCAAAAUUCUAAAAAGAAAUUGGUUGUAAAUUAAGACAUCACAUGAAAACUACCACCACCACCACCACUAUUAUACAUACAUACAUUCCAAAAUCGAAACGAUUUGAUGAUGCUGACAGAAAAAAAAAACAUUCCAAAUAGGUUCGUGUAAGAUAUUAGUACAAAAUCUAAGUAGCGGAAAUAAUAAGGAGGCAUAUGGUGAAAUAUUUCUCCUUCAAAGAAUCUCUUUAGCCUAUACAGGCUCCCAUUAAGAGUUUUAGCUAAGCACAAUGGUCUAGAAUUGAAAUUCAAGGGGCAGAAGUUUAUGACUUCCAUUAAAGGAAAGAAGUUCUUUAUGGGCCAUACAAAACGAUGAAGUCUAUAAGGCGGCUUUUUAGGAUAACUUAACGUGGACCAUUCUAUAAUAUUCGUAACAAGAUUUCUUUGAAGUGAAAUCUCGCGAUUAACGUGACUGAUGUAAUGCAAUGCAUUGCAUGGUUCGGAUGUUUCGAAAAAAAAAUAUAACCGAUUAUUUAGAGCUGCACACCACUUCCACGCCCACUCCUCUUUUCUCGCCAGGGUAUUAUAAUGGGCUAACUAGCCUCCGAGUGAUUUAAACUUUAUGAAGGUCUAUCCAUUCAACCUAGACAUAGCCUCUGAGAUGCACAUGUGGCCCAUAAAGCCAUUGUCAAUCAAUUUUGCAGGCCACUCUGAACUUUAAAACCUUUUCAACUGUUGUGUUUUGAAACCAUUUUGCAAGUUCGAGUCCUUGCCCGAAAGCAGUUACUGUUUCUGGGCCCAUUGAAUUCAAUAGUGGAUCCCACGAAGGGCUAUCCAUUCAACCUAGACAUAGCCCCAGAGAUGCAUAUGUGGCCUAUAAAGCCAUUGUCAAUCAAUAUUGCAAGUCAUCCCGAAGUUACAAACACUUUUCAACUGUUGUGAAUUCAAUGCUGGAUCCCACUAAGGGCUAUCCAUUCAACCUAGACAUAGCCCCAGAGAUGUACAUGUGGCCCAUAAAACCAUUGUCAAUCAAUUUUGUAGGCCGCCCUGAACUUUUCAAUCCUUUUUAGCUGUUGUAUUUUGAAACCAUUUUACAAGUUCGAGUCCUUGCCCGAUAACAGUUACAGUUUCUGGACCUAUUGAAUGCAAAACUGGAUCCCACUUGUAAGUAUAUACCCUUGUUGGCCCCAUAAAUUUCAGUUUUAGACCUUUGUGUGAUGGGUUAAAAAGUCUAAGGGCAAUUUUCACAAUGCCCAUUUACCAUUUAUUAUGAUAUUCCACAACUCAAAAGAAAACAAAUACGCAUAAUUAUUGACAAUAGAAGAUAUUUUGUGGGAAAAUGGAAUGCAAUGUCUAACAGGUAGUCGUUUUCAACCAAAAUAUCAAAAGUAUAAAAUUUGGCAGCUUAACAUUCCGAAAGAAGUAGGGUAAAAACAUUUCGAUGUAAAGCAACUUAUCUUCAGUUUUAACUAAAAGUGCUUCUUUUUAUUACCCAAAUCAUAAUACACUCCCAAUAAAAGUUAUAGCAUAAGGAAUUGAAGCCAUAUCACAUCUUAAGAAGAUAUGAAACAUUGUAGCAGCGCCAUCUGUUAGAGAAUAUCCCUUCCUUCCAGGUUUCCUAUCGUCGCCUCGACCACCACACUAUACUCGACACCUGUUUUACUGCCCAGUCAGACCCACUCGACUCACACCCAGAUCCCGCUGGACACAUCCCACCUUAGCCACAUAGUUCCUGGAUUUGGGGAUGGUCAACAGAAUUAAGCAGACGAUAGAUAGAACAACACAACACACUGCUAUAACAACAACAAAAACCUUAUAUGUCGCCAACAAAGUGAGAGGAUACAAUUUCUUGUAUUAUGGCCAGGAUUCGAGCCUAGAAUUUUAUCGCCAUAGGCGGUUAUGCUAACUUGUGCUCUACGGUGGCCCGUUGUUAUAUUCCAAAAGGCUAAUAAAGUUGGCUAUCCCCCCCAAAUCAUGGCGAAACAAUUAAAGGUGGUCUCAUUUGUACAAGAACCAAAAAUCAUAUGGUGCAAUCCGCCAUGUUGUCAUCAAGCUGAUCGACGUGUUGGCAACACACACAAAGACAUUUGUGUAUACGUGUGCGUACAUGAGCAGAGAAUAUGCGAGAAAAAAGACACCAACAAAGAGAAUGUAAACAAAAAUCUGUCAUCUUAAUACCGUCACACCUGGCCGCCUGUUAACAGCUGUUCCCGUGAGAGCAACUUUUUAAAUCCGCCUUGCCCCCAAAUUAUACUUUAACUGAGGCAGGAAGCCAGUCUGCCUGACACGGAUUAGACUUCAGCUGGUGGUAGAAUAUCACGGUCGAAACUUUUAAUGGAAUAAUUUCUUAUAAAGUUUAUAUUUUUAUCGUAGACCCAUAAAAGCCAGUGAGACAGUGAGUUUUGUUAGGCCACCCGAUUUCCUUCUUCAGUUUGGCUCAGAUCGAUCCAGAUUUGGAUAUGGCUGCCAUAUAGACCGAUCUCCCAAUUUGAGGUCUUGGGCACAUAUAAGGCGCAUUUAUUGUCCGAUUUAGCUGAAAUUUGAGACAGUGAGUUGUGUUAAGCCCUUCGACAUCUAUUUUCGAUUUGGCCCAGAUUGGUCCAGAUUUGAAUAUAGCUGUGAGUCUUGGCUCCACAAAAGGCGCAUUCAUUAUCCGAUUUUGCUGAAAUUUGAGACAGUGAGUUAUGGCUAUUCGUCAUCCUUCUUCAAUUUGGCCCAGAUCAGUUGAGAUUUAGAUAUUGCUGCCAUAUACACUGAUUUCUCGAUUUAAGGUCUUGGACCCAUAAAAGGCGCACUUUUUGUCCAAUUUCGCUGAAAUUUAGGACAGUGAUUUGUGUUAGGCCCAUCGAUAUCUAGGCCCCAUAAAAGGCGCAUUCAUUAUCCGAUUUUGCUGAAAUUUGAGACAGAUGUUAGGCUUUUUGACAUCCUCGUCCUAUAUGGUUCAGAUCGGUCUAUAUUUGGAUAUAGCUGCCAUAUAGACCGAUCUCUCGAUUUAAGGUUUUGGACCAAUAAAAGGCGCAUUUUCUGUACAAUUUCGCUAAAAUUUACGACAGAGAGUUGUGUUAGGCCCCUAGAUAUCCUUCUUGAAGACGGCCCAGAUCGGUCCACAUUUCGAUAUAGCUACCAUAUAGACCAAUCUCUCGGUUUAAGGUCUUGGACCCAUUAAAAGCGCAUUUUUUGUCCAAUUUAGGACAGUGAGUUGUGUUAGGCUCCUCGAUAUCCUUCUUGAAGACGACCCAGAUCGGUGCAGAUUUGGAUAUAGCUGCCAUAUAGACCGUUCUCUCGAUUUAAGGUCUUGGCCCCAUAAAAGAAGCAUUUGUUAUGCGAUUUCGCUGAAAUUUGACACAGUCACUUAUGCUAGGAUUUUUGACAUCCUCGUCCUAUAUGGUUCAGAUCGGUCUAUAUUUGGAUAUAGCUGCCAAAACGACCAAUAUUGAAACAAAAUUAAACAGUCACUUGUGUUGAUUAGACCACUCAAUGUCCGUGUCGAAUUUGGUCAAAAUCGCAACAUAUUUCGACAUAGCUGCUAUGAGUGCAUAAAUUAUGAAUUUUUCACCGAAUUAUGACGAAAGGUGGCUUAUAUAUACGAGGUGGUGGGUAUCCAAAGUUCAGUCGGGACAAUUUUUUUUUCCUUUUUUUUACUGUUAAAAUUUUUUUGUGUUGACAAUUUUCUGAACAUUUUUAGAGAAAAUUUAUUAUUAUUUAGCUCUAAAAUUGUUAUAAUGCUAUAUUUCUAUAGAAAAUUUUCGGCAAAUUUUAUUUCUGUCGAUUAUUCUGGAAAUUAAUUUUAACUAAAACUUUUCUGAAAAUCUCAGAACUCUUCGAUAGUUUACUUAAAAUGCAUUCGGAUUUUUUUAAAUCUUUUUUCUUUCAUUAAAACUGAAGAUAUGUUGCGUUGCAGAAGUCUUUACUGUGAAAUCAUACCGUCUUAACACAAGACAAAAUACAACAAAAGGGUUGUAAAUUUGACAGCUCUUAAAAUAAGUUUUUUCUAAAUCUUUUUACAUUCCAGAGUUUUUAAAAAAUUAAAAAAAAAAAUUUUGCUUAGCUGUUUAUUUUUAUAAAAAAAAACAACACUCCUUUAUGUAAAAGACAAACCCAGUUGGUAGCUUUAAACAUUUUUAUUAUUAUAUUUUUUACAAAAAAAACAAAAAAUAUUAAUACAAUCGCACCAAAUAUUAUUUUUAAGUUUCUAAAAUCUAAUUAUUAAUUAAAGAAAGUGAUACCCAAAUCUUACAAAAAAAAAAAAAUAAA